AUGCUGAGGAGAUCAGCAAAAGAAGGAGGAGGAAAAAGAAGAGAAAAGGAACGCCAUGAAAUACAAAAGCGACGUAUAGAAAAAUUUGACAUCAGGAAUAUUGUGCUUGUAUUUUCCAUAGAGCUGAAGCGGUCGCCAAGGAGGAAGAAGAAGUUCGUUGGUUUACGAAAGAAAGAAUCGAAGAGAAUCCCAGUUAGGGAGCUUGAGCCACCACGGUUGAGCGACGUCGCACAACGGCGACAGCAAAGAGUUGGAAAAAAAACAAGGUUAUCCCGAGAAAUCCCGGAAAGUGUGCAAGAAGUGGUCAGGAAAACGGCAAAAUGUGAAAUCGUUGACAUUCAAGAGUUGCAACAUCGGAUCAAAAAGCGGACCAAACGCCUUCGAUAUCUCUCAGAUUGGCUAUGCUGGAUUAGCGUCAUUGUCAUAAUUAUAUGCAUGAUAGUGGCAUUCAUAGAAUAUUAUGUGGCUCAUCUUGAGCUUACAGUUCAAAAAGCAGUUGCACAACAAACUUCAAUCGAAUGGAAACCGAUUUGUUCCAAUUUGUUGCCCAUAAUUCGAAGACAGGUUUGA